AUGGCAGACUGGUCCUCAGCGGUGCAAGCCAUUGCUUUUGUCUGCGCUGGCUGGAGCACUUUCGUUUACAUCGUCCAAUCCAUCGGUAUUAUUAGAAUCAUCUUCUCGUACUCUUCGCGUCUAAAGCCAGCCGUCUCCCCUUCGCUCAAGAAGCAAGAUGUGCCGCACAUCACCAUCAUCCGUCCUGUAAAAGGCCUCGAGUAUGGCCUCUACGACUGCAUCGCAUCUUCGUUCCGACAAGACUACCCGCGCGACAAGCUGACGAUCCGCCUAUGCGUGGCCGACAAGAGCGACCCGGCGUACCCCGUCUUGGUGCAGCUGGUCAAAGACUUCCCAGGCUUCGAUGCGCGAGUGCUAGUUGAGGAGGAGGACCCCCUGCUUCACGGUAGCGGUGGCCACGUCGACAAUCUCGGACCCAACCCGAAGAUCAGGAACAUCAGUCGCGCAUACCGGGAAGCCAAAGGCGAUAUAAUCUGGGUUAUGGACUGCAAUGUCUGGGUUGCCAAGGGUGUCGCCGGGCGCAUGGUGGACAAGCUUUUGGGAUACGGGCCCGGUGGAAGCCGAGUCAAGCCCUACAAGUUUGUUCAUCUCCUUCCGAUUGUUGUUGACACGGUGUCUCCCCGAAGCAUCUCGACGGAAGCACAGGCGCUAUUGUCUUCGGAGGGAAGCUCCGCGCAAAUCAGGAGCCCAGGUCACAGCUGCUCUCUGCUCGACUACGUCAAGAAGCAAGGCGGCGGUCGCCUCGACGAGAUGUUCAUGGCCACGAGCCACGCCAAGUUCUACAGCGCCAUCAACACCGUGGGCGUUGCUCCUUGUGCCGUCGGCAAGAGCAACAUGUUCCGCAAAUCUCACCUGGACACUGUGACAGACCCGUCACAAAACCCCAUCUUGCCCUCCGGCAAGAAUUUGCCGAGGGGAAUCGACUACUUCUCCGAAUACAUCUGCGAGGACCAUCUGAUCGGAGAUUUGCUGUGGCGGUCCAAAUUGCCCGGCAUGAAGAACCACGGCCUUGUCAUGGGUGACCUCGCCGUUCAGCCAAUGGCCGGCAUGUCUGUGCUCGCAUAUUUUGGGCGUCGCGCCCGCUGGCUUCGUGCACGCAAGUGGACGGUUCUUGCCGCCACUCUGGUCGAGCCCGGUGUCGAGUCACUGUUGUGCUGCGCCUACUUUGCUUUCGCUGUCACCACCCUUCCCUGGUUUCACGAUUUCUUUGGUACUGCACAGACGUGGAGUGCCACGGGCCUGUACUGGCUGGCAUUUGUGACCAUCUGGAUGGUGUGCGACUGGUUUACCUACAACCGUCUCCACGCCGGCCAUACCAUGGAAGUCGACGAGAAUACCCCCAAAUUUGCCAGAGGCACCGCGACGCCUGGUGGGGCUCCUCUGAGGUCGUUCUUGGAGUGGCUGCCCGCCUGGUUCGGCAGAGAGUUUCUUGCCAUGCCCAUCUGGACCUGGGCCGUGUUCUGUGGUUCGACUGUGAACUGGAGAGGCCGGACGUUCAACGUUCGCUCGGACAUGAGUGUCGUGGAAAUUGGGUCGCAAUCCUCAAAGACCUCGCAUGGUACCUUGAAUGGCUCCGCCAACGUAGAAGGUGGUCUACGAUCGAGAAGCAAAGACCGCAUGGACUAA